UUUGAGUGAUUUUUCCCAAGUUUUCGUGUAAUUUCCUGUAAAAAUCCGAUGUUCCGGUAGCUGCCAGGAUGAUCCGCUGCUGCGUGAAAAACUGCGACACGGACGAAAACGUCGUCAACUGCACCUCGGUGUUCUUUGUCGGCUUCCCCUCGAACGAUUCCCUGCGCGCCCAAUGGCUCGACGUGCUGGCCGGCAGUCUGCGGGACGAGCACGGCGACGCGCCCACCAAAAUAUGCAGCUGCCACUUUGCGGAGGACGCCUUCGGGAAGCAUCCGGUGCACGGCUACCGGUUCCUGCUGCCUGACGCCAUUCCGUCCGUGUUUCCGGUCCCGCUGGAGGCGCUGCUGCCGGAACCAACGGUGGUGGUGGGUGACGAUUUGACCCAACUGGUGGAGGGACUCGUCGAGGAAGACGAGCUGAUAACGUUUCAGGAGGAGGAGGAGCAGGAGAUUCCACCGGAGAUUAUUGAGUUUGAUCCGGGGGAGGAGGACGGUUUGGUUGAGGAAGCGCCGGGCCAGAUUGCGGAAACCAUUGGAAUCGAGUUCGCGAAUGGGCAGUACUACUUUUUGCAGUCGGACGAUGAGAGCGAAGGGGAGCGGGUUGAAAGUCCAACCAAAUUGCUGGGAGUCCUGCCGGAAGAGGAGGAGGAGGAGGCCGUCGUCGGUGAUUUAUUGCUGGAGGAAGCGGUCGUUGGUCAGGACAAGGAAGAGUAUGAACGGAAGACUCAGGAAGCGGAGGUCGCCGAUCCGGACGUGUUGACGGAACUGGACAGCUUAAUUACGACGUCGGAGUUUGUUGAGGAGCAUGGGGAACGGGUCACGUUGAAGCAGGAAGGCGAGAGCGAAUAUUUUGUAGACUUGUCGCCAACUGAAGAUCCGGAUACGGAGGAAUUGAUGGAAGUGGAUGGAACUGCUAAAAUUAAGGGAAUGAAAGUGUUUAAACAUUUUUGCGGGCAUUGUUACAAGGGCUUCCAGUACAAAAGUGGCCUCAGUAAGCACCUGCUGGUCCAUAACGGGUUGAAACCGCACAAGUGCGAAACGUGUGGAAAAAGCUUCUCUCAAAAGGUCAACCUGGACAUCCACCUGCGCAAGCACACGGGCGUGGAACCGCUGCGCAAGUUCUCGUGCCCGGUGUGCGAGAAAAAGUGCAUCCGGCUGAGCGAGCUGAAGCAGCACAUCAAGUCGCACUGGCGCAAGCAGCCGCACGCCUGCCCGAUCUGCACGGAACGCUUCCGGGACGUGACGAACUUUUACGACCACAUCAAGACGGUCCACAAGGACGAGCUGACGCUGCAGGAGGCGAUCGACAUGAUUGCGCAGAACGAAAACGCCGAGCUGAUUGUGCCGGGCGAGGGGGAGAAGCAGAAGCAGGAGGAGGACGAGGCCGUGCGCGGACAGGCGCAACCGGACGCGGCCAUGCUGGACGAGGGCUUUUACACGUGCACGGUAUGCGUGCGGACGUUCCGGACGGAGCGGUUACUGCGCAAGCACAAGCGAAAAAUGCACCCGAAGGUGUUUGUAUGCCUGCACUGUCCGAAGCAGUUUCUGUACAAAAGUCUCCUGGAGAAACAUUCCCGAGUGCACACCCAGGAGAAGCCCUUCUUCUGUGAGUAUUGUCAGGCGUCGUUUUCGCAAAAGAUCAACCUGGAAGUGCACCUGGUGAAGCGGCACAACGUGACGGUUGGGGGCGGGAAGAUGCUCGCGCAGAAGCACCUGCCGUGUCCGCACUGUGCGAAGAUGUUUGACAGGCCGUCGUCGUUGAACAACCACCUGCGGACGCACACCCGGGAGCGACCGUUCGCGUGUCAGGAUUGUGCCAAGACGUUCGCGUCGAACAGCUCGCUGGCGACGCACAUUCGGACGCAUCACAGGGGGGAGUCGAUCCUCAUCAACCCGACCAAGCGGCCACCGAUGGCGGUCAGCGGCAGCUGCAGCAGCGUGGACGACGGCGACGUCCGGCUAAUCGUGCCGGAAGAGUUCAUCGCCGCCAGCGGGCGGCAGGAGGACGUGGUCAGCGUGCUUUCCGGCGAGGACGACAACGUGAACGUGAUCCAGUACUCGAUACAGUUUAUCACGCCGUCGGAGCAGGGCGAUGACGGUGGUGGUGGUGGGGAAGGGAUGCUGAGUUAGUGGAGGGGUAAACUGUGUUUGUAUAAUAAAGAGUUAAUAUAAUUUGAUUUUAUAAGG